AUGUCAGAAAACCACGCUCAAGCACCCCCUCAGCGAUCCAGAGAGGAUGGCCGCGAACUCAAACUCCUACACUGGAUCUACAACCAGCCAAACCUCGACUCCAUCCGCGGCAGUCCGCAGAAAGUGCUCGAGCUGAUCGAUGAGUACUCCCAGACCUACCACUUCAUGACAGUCGGCCAGGAAAAGGGCCCUAUCGUCACCGAGCUCAUUGAGACGCAUAAGCCGAAGCAAAUGAUCGAGCUUGGCUGCUACGUCGGGUACUCCGCCAUCCUCUUCGGGGACGCAGUCCGCCGCAAUGGAGGAAACCGCUACUACAGCCUCGAGCUCAACCCAGAGUAUGCGGCUAUCGCUAAUAUGCUUGUCGAACUUGCUGGACUUCGUGACUUUGUGAGCAUCCUGGUCGGGCGCAGUGACGUGCUCCUGAACCAGCUGUUUGAGAGUCGCGCGGUAGAGCAGGUUGAGCUGCUGUUCAUCGACCACUAUAAGCCGGCAUAUACGCUGGACUUGAAGCUGUGCGAGCAGCUAGGGAAGAUUGUCCCAGGUGUCUCGGUCAUUGCGGCAGAUAAUGUGAUCAUGCCGGGCAACCCGCCGUAUCUGGAGUACGUCCGGAGCUCGGUUGAGAAAAAGCGGGAGGCAGCUGCAAAGGGACCGUCCAAGGCGUAUACAACUGAGGGAUUCGCGCAGAGGACGGUGAACGAUUUCAUGGGGAACAACAGCGUGCCCAAGUUCGAGAUCCUCGGGAACCCGAACCUGGUGUAUGAGAGUGUGCUGAGGCAGCCAGAGGGGUGUCGGGAUGCAAUUGAGGUGACGCGAUGUGUUGGGAUACAGGAAUAG